AUUGGUUAUACUUUUCACGGAUGAGUUGGGUCAUAUUUCCCACUGGCGAGCCAUCAUGGCAGGAAGUCUGGCUGGCAUGGUUGCAACCAUCGUGACUUACCCCACUGACGUAAUUAAAACACGGCUCAUCGUGCAGAACCGACUGGAACCGUCUUACGAAGGAAUUCUUCAUGCCUUUUACAAAAUUUAUCAUCAAGAAGGACUCCUUGCACUCUACCGUGGCGUUUCGCCAGCUAUAUUAGGUGCUGUCCCAUUUUCUGCGGGCUCAUUCUUUGUUUACAUCAAUCUGGACAAAAUCUGGCGAGAACCCAUAGUUCAUUUCACUCCGCUUCAGAACUUCAUAAAUGGCUGUGUAGCAGCUGGUGUGGCACAGACACUUUCUUUCCCCUUUGAGACUGUCAAGAGGAAGAUGCAGGCCCAGAGUCCUUGGCUUCCCCACUAUGGAGCAGUAGAUGUUCAUUUUACUGGCAUGGCUGACUGCUUUCGGCAAACUGUGAAGAACAAAGGUGUACUUGGACUUUGGAGUGGACUCACACCCAGUCUACUCAAGAUUGUCCCAUACUUCGGUGUUAUGUUUAGCACCUUUGAAUUCUGCAAGCGGGUCUGUCUGUACAGAAAUGGUUAUAUUGAAUCUCCUUUAAAUUAUAAGCUAACUCCUGGCGUGGACCAGAGUUUACGGCCACAAGAACUGAGAGAAUUAAAGCGCCUCCGAAGGGAAAAUUUUGAGCCAAGGAAAUCAGCUCUUGAAAAUUAACAUCAGAGUGUCCACUGCAGGUAUACACACUGCCUUUCUUAAGGAACUUUGCAAGAAAGACAUGCGGAACUACAGGUAUCAGCAUCUCAGUGGAUUGCAUGGUAUUAGUACUGAGACACCAGCCCCAGGAAUGAAUAAAUCUUGUAAUUCAUUUGCUGAAUGGAUAUAAA